UUUAUGUGGGUUUUGGUUUUGAGAAUGGAAAGUUUCUUCAAGAUGGUGCCUCUGUUCUUCUGCUUUCUCCUUAUUUCAAAUGUAUCAGAACUCAAAGCAGCUCAAGAAGAAUGCCAAACGGAAAGGUGCAAACACCAAACCAUCCGGUUCCCUUUCAACCUAAAAGGGCAGCAGCCAGACCCCUGUGGCUAUCACGGGUUUGGUAUAAACUGCACAGAGAAAAAGCAGAUGGUGCUAGAACUACCACAGAAUGUCAAGUUGAUGGUGAAGCAUAUAGAUUAUAAAGCACAGAGGAUUCAGUUAUCCGAUCCAGGAGGUUGUCUACCGCUGCAGCUUCCCAAUCUCGAUUUAUCUGCAUCUCCCUUCCAAUUUCCAACAAACUACCGACCACAAAAAUACACCAUUUUCAACUGUUCAAGGGAAUCAAAUAUGGGUAAUUUGCCUCUUUAUGAUGCAUAUGAUUAUGGAUAUUAUAGAGGCGAGAUUCCUUGCUUAAGCAGUCCAGAAUUUCAAGUUAUAGCUAUAUCUUCUAAUUCUAAAAGAGACCCAGAAUUCGUGAAUUGCAGCAUAACAUUGCUGAACAUUUCCAAGACAGAAGUAUAUGGAGAGAUGUUGUAUUCCCAGACAGGUGAUGUUCACUUGAGCUGGUCCCAACCAAACUGCAAUGAAUGUGAGGCAGUAGGCAGGAAAUGCAAAUUGAAGAUUAAUAACAAGCAGGGCGAAACAGAGUGUUUUGGUACCACCAAGAAACAAAGAGAUAGGCGAAAAAUUCUAUUGGUUGUGAGUAUAAUUCUAGGCUCUUGUCUUCUUGGAUUGAUUCUCUUCGGACUUUAUCGUAUUCACCGCUCACAUAAAGCAGCGAAAGAGGCCCAGCUCAAGAUUGAAAAAAUAACAGAUCAAUUCAAGGACAAAUUGGGAGAAGGGGCCUAUGGAACUGUUUUCAAAGGAAGGCUCUCCAAUGAUGUUUUGGUUGCUGUUAAGGUCCUUAACAAUUUCAAUGCAACUGGUGAGGAGUUCAUUAACGAAGUGGGAUCAAUGUGCAGAAUCCACCAUGUCAAUGUAACUCGCUUGAUUGGAUUUUGUGCCGAUGGAAAUAAGCGGGCUCUUGUUUACGAGUACAUGCCAAAUGAGUCCCUAGAGAAGUUCAUAUUUGUAGCUAAAGAAGAAGAUUACCGCCUUGGUUGGGAGAAGCUUCAAGAUAUUGCUAUGGGCAUAGCCAAAGGAAUUGAGUACUUGCAUCAAGGUUGUGACCAGCAAAUCCUUCAUUUUGAUAUCAAGCCUCACAACAUCUUGCUAGACAAAAAUUUCAAUCCAAAGAUAUCUGAUUUUGGUCUAGCAAAACUGUGUUCCAAGGAACAAAGUGCUGUUUCCAUGACAGCAGCUAGAGGAACCAUGGGAUAUAUUGCACCUGAGGUAUUGUCUAGAAACUUCGGAAAAGUUACACAUAAAUCAGAUGUUUAUAGUUUUGGAAUGCUAUUGUUGGAAAUGGUAGGAGGGAGGAAGAAUAUUGAUGCUACAGUUGAGAGUACGAGCCAAGUUUAUUUUCCAGAAUGGGUGUAUAAUUGCUUGGACAGAGGAGAAGAGCUGAGGAUUAGAAUAGAAAAUGAAGGACAUGUGCAGAUAGCAAGAAAACUUACAAUUGUUGGACUUUGGUGCAUUCAGUGGUAUCCAGCAGACCGUCCAUCGAUGAAAGCUGCGAUUCACAUGUUAGAAGGAGAAGUAGACAGUUUGACAGUGCCACCAAAUCCCUUCGGCCAUGCAGAUGCAGUGCAGAUGAGGGCCAACAUACCUAGGAAACCAAAUAACAGAGAACUACCAGUUAUCUUUGAAUUGGAAUAAAAUACUUUAACGUAUUCAAAUUCAACGUAACUAUUUUCCUCUGAAUAAUUGGACUAUAUAAUGUAAACCAACUAGUUCUUUUCCACUUUUCCUAUCCCUUCAUCCAUAUCAAAUUAAAGAUGUAAUCUUGAGUCCUGAAUGUUUUAUAGACCAUUUAAAAGACUUGUAUCAACUGAACCAGCUAUUAUGCAAAUAUAGAAUGUCUUUACAA